UUUUUCUCUCUCUUUCCCUUUCAUCUCCAUUUUCAAAUUUCAUCUCAAAUUCUCAAUACUCCUAGUCUCCCACCGGACCACCAGCUGCGACUGACUCCUCCGCUGACUCGCCACUGCCUUCCGACUGUAAUUCCGGCCGCCUCUUUAGCUUUCGUCUUGCGUGCCGGCUGUCGCCUGCGCCUACCGUCCACAGUCCACCGGACCACCAUUCUUUGGUUUUAAUUAGGGCGCUGCUCCCGCCUUUAGAAAUUGACUGAAGAGAGAAAUAGGCACAAGUAGCUAAAGAGUGGUAUUGGACGAUGCCGUCAAUGGCUAAUCCACAUUCUAGACAUCCCAACGGCAAUCUUUCAAAUGCUGAUCCCAGGAGGCAAAAGUUACUGCAGCAGAGAAAAUCUCUUCCCAUUGCUACUGUUGAAAAACGGCUGGUUGAGGAGGUUCGCAAUCAUCAUAUUUUAAUUAUUGUUGGGGAAACUGGAAGUGGCAAAACUACCCAAUUACCCCAAUUUUUGUUCCAAGCCGGCUUUUGUCGUGAUGGAAAAAUGGUUGGAGUUACCCAACCUAGGCGUGUUGCGGCUGUUACCGUGGCAAAAAGGGUAGCUGAGGAGUGUGGUGUGCAAUUAGGACAAAAGGUUGGAUAUUCAGUUAGAUUUGAUGAUGUGACUUCUAGAUCAACGAGAAUCAAGUACAUGACAGAUGGAUUAUUAUUGAGGGAAGCUUUACUGGACCCUUACCUAUCCAAAUAUUCAGUUAUCGUUGUCGAUGAAGCUCAUGAAAGAACUGUCCACACUGAUGUGCUACUGGGCUUGCUUAAGAGUGUCCAAAAAGCUAGAUGUCAAACUUCUGAUGAGGUAGUUGGUGGAGCAAAGACUAAUUAUGACAUAAAAUUGGAUAAUGUCGAUGGAACUCAGAUGACGAGCCCAUUAAAACAAUGUCAGCGUGAUAAACUCCCUCCUCUACGGCUGAUAAUCAUGUCUGCCAGUUUAGACGCACGUAUUUUCUCCGAGUAUUUUGGUGGUGCAAGAGCUGUUCAUGUCCAGGGAAGACAGUUUCCUGUAGAUAUAUUUUAUACACUGUAUGCUGAGACAGAUUACAUUGAUGCAGCAAUGGUGACAAUAUUUCAGAUUCAUUUAGAGGAGGCUCCUGGUGAUAUACUUGUAUUUUUGACUGGUCAAGAAGAGAUUGAAUCAGUAGAGGGACUUGUAAGAGACAAAUUGCCACAAUUACCUGAAGUUAAUCGAAAUAUUGUAACUGUUUCUAUUUAUGCAUCUCUUCCCUCCGAACAACAAAUGAAAGCUUUCAUGCCUGCACCCAGUGGAUUUCGUAAGGUAAUACUGGCAACAAACAUUGCUGAGACAUCGGUGACAAUACCAGGAAUUAAAUAUGUUAUAGACCCUGGAGUGGUGAAAGCCCGUAAUUUUAAUCCACGUACAGGAAUAGAAUCGUUAAACAUUAUUCCUACUUCAAAAGCACAGGCUCUUCAGAGGAGUGGGCGUGCAGGACGUGAAGGACCUGGAAAGUGUUUCCGCCUCUACACAGAGAAUGAAUUUGAGAAACUUGCAGACUCCACUAUGCCAGAAAUUAAGCGUUGCAAUCUCUCAAAUGUCAUUUUACAGCUCAAAGCUCUUGGUGUUGAUGAUAUUAUUGGCUUUGACUUCAUGGAAAAGCCUUCACGGAUGGCAAUCGUGAAGUCUCUGGAAGAAUUAUUCUUGCUUGGUGCUCUAACAGAGGAUUAUAAGCUUUCCGACCCUAUAGGUCAACAGAUGGCUAGACUUCCAUUAGACCCAAUUUAUUCCAAGGCUCUCAUUUUAUCUAGUCAAUUCAACUGUUUGGAGGAAAUGUUGAUUACUAUCGCGAUGCUUUCUGUUGAAUCAAUUUUUUACAUGCCACGUGAAAAGCAAGAAGAGGCAAGGACUGCAAUAAAAAGAUUUUCAAGUUCUGAAGGGGACCACAUAACCUUGAUUAGUGUGUAUAGAUCAUGCAAUGAGUUUUUGGAGAGUGGAAAUGCAAAUUGUAGCAAGGAGAAAACUCUCAAAAAUAUGAAGAAAUGGUGCAAAGAAAACUUUAUAAAUGGUCGUUCACUGAGACAUGCUCGCGAUGUGCACUACCAAAUUCGAGGACAUGUUGAACAAAUGGGUCUUCGUAUAGCUUCAUGUGGAGACGACAUGCUUCUAUUUAGGAGAUGCCUUGCAGCUUCCUUUUUCCUCAAUGCUGCUUUGAGACAGCCUGAUGGUACAUAUAGGGCUUUGGCAAGCAAUCAGAUUGUGCAAAUCCACCCUAGUUCUGUUUUGUUUCGGGCAAAACCAGACUGCAUAAUAUUCAAUGAACUGGUCAGAACUAAUCAGAACUAUAUCCGCAACGUUACUAGAAUUGAUCCCAUGUGGUUAACAGAGUUGGCUCCUCAUUUCUAUGCAUCAAAAGAUUAGCAUAUCAUGUAAGCUUCAAGAAGAAAUAGCUAUGACCGAAGGUUCUUAGAAUCGGAAUUCUACUUAGGAGCAAAACAUACUCGUUGGACGUAAAGUCGGAUCUUGUAGGAUCGUAUGAUCCUACAAAUUUUGUAGAAAUAGAAGUUGCUUGUUUUGAUUUUCUAUUUUUUAAUAUAUAAGGACACUUAUUUAUU